GCUCCCUUUGACCCUUUAGGUACGUUUUGGUGCACGAAACGGAACUGCGGAUAUGAAUGCACACUUGUAGCCUUAAGUUGCUUGUUAGCUGCCAUAAUGCUGCUUGCCCGGCCAGGGGAAGGAGUCCCCUGCUUGCCUGCUGCUGCGGCGACGAUUACAGCCAAGCUCCAACUUCAUAAUGAGCAUCAAUAGUUGAAUUCAUCAAGUAUUAUCAUAAUGCACUUGUUGUGAAACAAACCUGGCUGUCGUUCACACUACCUGUUCUGCGUCACUUGAAUCCCAGAACUGCACGCAUUCUGCGUUACCCAAAUAUACGCCAGCGCUGGUUCGAGUGACUACUAGGGACGGAGCUAUGUCGGCGAGCGAGUAAUUGUCGCCCGCCCAGCGCAUGGCCGAAAGAGCAUCGUUGACAGUGCUGCGGGCGCCGAGCCCCGCUUGCAUCACGCGACCAGUGGAAGCUCUUCGAGGCAUCGACGAAUCGGGGCGGGCCACCUCUGACGAGUUGCGCCUGCGCGACUGGGACGAGGAGGAGGGCGGCAACCUCGCCUGCUUCCAAGCGGAGCCCCUCUCGGACAGCGACAGUCUGAGCGACGGGGGGCCUGGCAACAGGGGCCGCGCGCUUCGCCAGCUCUCGGGGGCAGGUCAGGAGCGCAGCGGUGACCAGGGCGGUUGGGGAGAGCAGGAAGAGGAAGAGGAGAGGCAGGCGGCUUAUGGGGCGAAGGCGGAGGCAGCGCGGCAGUGGCACGGAGCUGCCCGGUUGAGACACUCCCGGCUGGCAGCAUGCACCUUCCAUGAUCCCACCUUGUUGUGGGGACCGCAACAGCAGCCGCAACAGCAGCCGCAGCAGCAGCCGCAGCAGCAGCAUUGGAAGCCGCCCAUAGGGAUUAGCUCGAAGCCAUCCAGUGGCGGCGGUCCCAAGCACGGGGCCUGGGGCCCAGGCGAGUGCGGGCAGCCCGCACCCCCGCGGCGCCAGCAGCCGCCCACGGCUCUCAGCCAGCGGCCGCUGCAACCCGACUACGACCGCCUCCUUGCCCGGAGGGCUGCAGGCGGCGGCGGCAGCAACGGCGGCAGCAGCAGCGGCAGCGGCGGCGGCGGCGGCGCCGUCAGCAAGCGCGGUAACGGCAAUGGCGACGGUGCAGUGGAUGGCGGCGUGUGGGGCUGGGAGUGGGAGAUGGCUUGGGACCCGUCCUGGCGGCCGCCCUGGAUCAUACCGGCUCGGGCUCUGGGCGAGAACCGGGAGCUGACCAACGCCAGCGAUGACGACUACGAGGACAGCGUCAGUGAGGACAGCGAGAACGCCGCCAUCCGCAAGCCCUCCAAGGCCUUUGAGCUGGACGGUGAGGUCGCCGCCAACGCCAUCGCCGCCGUGGCUGUGCGACCCAUGGGUCUGCGCGAGGGCUGCCUCAUCCUGCUGCGGGUGGCGCUGUGGAGCCGCAUCUCCUGUUUCAGCAGGUUCAGGACCGCGUGGUGAGAGCGGGUGGGGGGAGGCGGAGGGGGGGAGGGCGGGAUGAGGGGGAGGGGGAAUUGCGAGUUUCAACUGAACCAAACCCAAGGCAGAAGACCGAGGGUGUGAGCGUGGGGAGCGGGGGUAGCCGUUCAU